AUGGUGCUAAUCCGAGAUGCCAUGAUGAUCUUCGCCAUCAUGGACAGCUACCUCCGUGGCACAGAUGCGCAUAAACGAAGCUCUGUGCUUGAGAGCUUCCCUCAGAGCUUCGAGUUCAUACCAUGGCGCCGAGUCUACAAGCAAGUGGCGGUAGCAGAAAGCGCCACUCACCCUACCAUGGACAUGGAGCACUGGGAGGCCAGCGAUCUGUCCUUCGGCGGAGUGGGAUCCCUUUGGUGCUUUACAGAGCUCCAGCGCAGCGGCCAAAAUGUCAGCCGGAAGACAGAGGACGGACAGACCUGGAUGAGCAAGAGCGGGCGGGCUCCCAAGAAUGGCUUCCCCGAUCAGAUUCGGGUGGACAAGCUGGUCAUCACAAGAAAGGACUUUCACAUGAUUGAACUCACGUUGAACCAGGAAAAGGUGUUUGAAGAUCAUUUUCUUGUUCAUGACCAACCAACGGAGAUGCAAAUUGACCAAUUUCAAGGACAAAUGGAAGGUAUAGCUCCACAACAAUACAUGCCAGAUGAUCACGAAGUACCAAUUAUUGGCGGCAGCAAUAUAGUGACCGGUUGCAUUACUAGUUCCAGUGACGCUGAUUCUACCUAUCAGGAGGAAGUUUCAUUCUUAUAUAGCAUGAAGGAAUCAUUCAAACAAGUUGCCAUUCACAGAAAAGAAGAGGCGCGUUGGAUUGCUUCAGCAGUACAGAAUGCAGCAUCAACCCUGAAAAACACACUCAAAUUGCUAGGGAUCAAUGCAGAGCCAGAAAACACAUGGCCAUGUACAUCGAACACCCCAGUAAUGGAGCCAGCAGUUAGCAGUGAAGCCAACCACGCAGGGCUAGCUCCAGAAAUGAUGGCACAAGGUGAAUUUCCGGAACAGCCAUACUCCAUGGAAGAAAUGAUGGCACAGGGUGAAUUUCAGUCAAACUCCACGUUGGAAGACAGCUAUUUCGUUGUUGGGAAUUGGGAUGAAUUUUGA